AUGGCUGUAGCCAUAAUAUUGACGAUAGCUGCUUUUACGAUACCAUUUCAAGAAAUCCGCGGACAACCAAAUUUAGGCAAUGGAGGGAGCAACCAAAAUAACAUGAAUCAAGGAUUUCAAACUAAUUCACCAAAAUCUGCUGUCGACUUAACACAGAAUUCGGGAAAUUUGGCAACGAACAUUAAUUCACAAUUACAAACCAAUUUACCGCAGGCGCUGUCAUCUCUGACGAUGCCACCAUUGUUUUCGUUGCAGCCACAACAAAGUAUGCAACCGCUACUGAAUCAGCCACAAGUUACAUUUCAACAGCCCUAUCAACAACUGAACUCUGGCCAAUCGUUUCUUCAGCAAUCAUUGUUGCCAUCGUCCUCUGUGAUCCAACAAAAUCCUAGUCAGCAAGCUAAUGGUUUUGUACCAGCCUUCAAUCACUUCAGCUAUUCACAGCAAUUGCCUAUAUCUGGCCACUUAGUGAACGUACCAUCUCUUAGUAUUUCAAAUCCUGCAUCUAUUGUAUCUGCGUAUACGGCGAUGCCAAACUGUGGAUGUACCCAAACCGGUUUUAUGCCAAACACUGCUAAUACUUAUUUAAGUCAAGUAUCUAGUAUUCCCAUGACGGAGCGAGCUCAAGUUAUUACAUCUUAUUCUACAUUACCCUAUACUUCAGUUCUAUCACCCAAUCCAUCAACGUUUACAAACAGUGCAAUUUUGCCGUAUCAAAAUCAAAUUAUAGGACUUUUAAAUAAUCCGCUGAUUGAAGAUAAAUUAGCGAUUGAUGAAAACGAACUCCAAGAUCCUGAGAAUAUUAACGACCUACUGUUAUCUUUACUUCAAACGCCCAAACAUCCCUCUAGAGUGCUCCCGUUUCCAUACAAUUCACUGCAAGGACAAAAAGGAACGAAAUCCUCACAAUUGAAAUCUUUAUUGCCAGUUAUAUUUAACUUGCUAAAAGAGAAAAAAGAAAGGUGCAAUUGUGACAAUCCCUGCAAAUGUAGACGUAGGACCAGGAAGGGGAGCGAGCCACAGAUAAGUAGCGGAUAUUCUAAGAAAAAGGAAUACGGCAGCGUAAGAGAGGGAAUAUUCAAAAAUAACUCAGAGGAAAACCAGAGAAAAGUAAAUGAUUACAAAAGAUUUAAUAAAUUUAGAAAGACCAUAGACGAAAGCAACGAAAGUUCCGAGUACGAGGAUUUUUUCGAGGAUGAUAAUUGA